CAAAACCAAGAUGGCGCCCAGUUUUCCAGAAGAAGUUGAUGUUUUCACGAUUCCACACUCAAGAAUGAAGGAAUUAGUGAAUGGCUAUUGUCAAAUGAUGACACAAACUGAUUUCUCCAAUGUUGUCAAUUUUGAGCUGCUGCUAAAAAGCCUAAUCAAGACAUUCACCGAAUUCAAAAGUCAUGAAAAAAUUGAGAAUGAGUUCAUUAUGCAGAGACUUAAAACCAAACUUCGAGCUCUCCAAAUCCACAACACUGCAGUAUGUAAUUGUCAUAAAGAUAAUAAACUUGUUGAGGUGCUGGAGAUUGUGAGAGAUGGCUUUGAUUGGAAAAAUAAGACGCCCAAUGAUCGCUGGUAUUAUGGGGACAAAUUACGAAGAGUCUUACAGGAUUUUACUGAGAAUUUCUUACCCCAUAUGAAAGAGGAGGAAGAGGUGUUCCAGCCACUGCUGAUGAAGUACUUUACAGUGGAAGAAUUGAAGGAAUUGAAGGAGGCUGUAGUACAGGCACACUCUUGGAAUGAGGUGAAGUACAGUAGUGAGGAGAAACUAGUCAUACCUGAUGAUGACCUCCUGCAGCGCAAUGAAGUUGCAGAUGCACACUGUGAAGAGACUUCCAAGACCUCUAUCCUUGACCUUCCCAAUGAGGUCACUGUGGAGAUAUUCUCUUUUCUGAAUCCCAAAGAGAAAAUAUCUUGCAGAGAGGUGUGUCAUCAAUGGAGCGAGCUUGCUUUGGAUGCCAGUUUAUGGAAGAUGUUCCCUGUACAGUGGGCACUUGGAAACUGGGACUAUUGCGGUAGCAUGGAUGACAUCCCUUCUGAAGAAGAGUAUGAUAGUGAAGACAGCGACAACUAUGUAGUUAUAGAUGAAGAUAAAGAUGAAGACACAACAUCAGAUUCAGAUUCCAAUAGUUACUAUAGCAACACAGCCAUACAGAUUCGUAAAGAAGCAAAGAUGUUGAGUGGGAUCUCCCGUUACCUGCUGCCAAUGGUUGGCUUUGGAGUAGAGACAUUAGACCUUGCUGGAAGUAGGGGAAUCACCAAUUCUGUGAUGAAUAAGAUGUUGAAGAGGUGUCCAAAUGUGGAGCAUGUAGAUUGUAGUCAAACAAGAGUGGGAGACAGUGCAUUCAAAGGGUUGGCCAAGCAUAGAUGUGGCAAGAAAUUAAAGACUUUAAACCUAUCAGGUUGUACAAAUAUAUCAGACAUUGCCAUGCUAAGGCUGGCAGAAGCCAUGCACUACAUAGACACUUCUGAAGACUACAACCAUUCUGACAAGGAGACCUCUUCUAAACAACACAAGGAGACUCCUGAUGCAAAUGAGGAGUUUUGUUAUUGUGAUAGACUGAAUAGAUUGACUUUGCAAGGUGAUCAGAAUACUGACAAUACUACAGUGCCAAAUGAUGGAAACCAGGGAAUCGACAGCCACUAUGCUAAUCACACAGAAACACAAGCUGGCAAUGAAUCACCAAUUGGAUGUUGUGAUUACAAAAACCUACGUGAGAGCAGCAGCUAUAAGCUUAAAUGCAAACCACGUGACUCUGUUAAGGACAAAAACCACCCAAAUGCAGUUAAAAAUUGUGGAACCCAGUGCCACGAAGGCUGUGAUAAGACCCAAUCAAAUUCCUCUAUUAACAUUGAAGACUGUACCACCCUAUACAAAAGUAAUCCUAAAGACAAUGGCUACUCCGUAGAGCAGGUGCUAUUAAGGCCUACUGGAAAGUCAAAAGCCACAAAGGAUCUGUGCAAUAACAGGCACAUUGAUAGACGUUGGGUGUGUACCCUGGAGAAGUUAAAUGUCUCCGGAUGCUUUCUUGUCUCAGAUGUUGGAUUAAGGGCUAUUGGUUCACACACAUUGCCAAAGUUGACACUAGUUGAUCUAUCAGGCUGUUUGGGGGUUACUGCUAAAGGACUGUUUCAUCUUGUAAAGAGGUGCCCCAAUCUCCCUGCUGAGACACUCUUCUAUUGUGAUAACAUAGAAGAUGGAAGGGCAAUUAAUUCUUCAUAUUAUUCAUACAUAUACCAGUCUUAAUAGUCGAUGAUACCAUAACCUGUGGAAGACAAUGGUCGAACAGAAUACAAUGGUCAAACACACAAUGCAUUAGAAGAACAAUGGUCAAACACAACACAUUAGGAAUGCAUAGUCGAAAACAAUAUAUUAGACAUACAGCGGCUGAGCACAACUUGCUCGAACUCAAAAUUCAUGUACAUAUGUAAAGUGGAACGCAAUUAUGGCAAAACAAUCCAAUGGAAGUGAACAGAAUUGAAGUGGAAAGAAAUUGAAAUUAUGAUGUCAUAAAUGUACAAGGUAAAGGGACAUUAUAUGCAUGUGUACUGUAAACAAGAAUCAUAUUGUAUGUGAACUGUAAACAAGAAGACAAUUUAUAUUUUACGCAUACUUAUACAAGAAAGCGGAUAAACACCCCCCCCCCAGAGACAUCUUCGCAUGCUCGGUCUUCACUGCGUUCAUCAGGGGAGCCGAGUGAAUGAAGACGCCCCAAAGAAUCCCUGUGUGAUAAUAUCUGGUACUUCCGGUAUGUACCAUAUAUUAUCACUUAAUUACCUUGUGUUAAUAAUUCCAAUACUAUAUAACAUGAUAAUGAGUACAUUUACUUAGACUAUCACCAUGGUGAUGGAUAUCACAUCAAUUGUUGUUGUUCAAUUAAUCAACUUCUAAGAACAUCAUCAUUAUGAUGAUGGUUAUUGCAUAAUGCAAUUAUCAAUAUUAAAUGGGACCUCCUAGAAUGUUGUCGCUAUGGUGAUAGUUAUAACACCAGUCUCUGUUGGUCUCAGAAUAUUAGACCAAGGAGGUCUUGAUGUUGUGGGAUAUUUGAAAUAAUCAAAUAUUAGCAAACACCCCCACAGUCGUUAUUAAAGACAGAGGGCUAGGCCUAUUGAAAUUGAUAUUUACU